UUCAGUGAUCCCCGUACAGUGCACACGCGUUUAAUGACUCCUUCAAGUGAUUGCGUGUAGUCUCGAAGUCAUUGUCGUCGUGGUACAAUUAUAAUUAUGAAUGUUCUGUGGAAUGUGUAAAGGGAAAAAAAAUUGUGAAAAGUGACCAUCUAUUGAGAAGAAAAAAAAAUAAGUGAAUGAUCUGAGCGAUUUUCAGUGAUUUGUGCAAUUUUAGGCAUAAUCUUUGAAGUGAAAAAAAAUGCACAGAGGCAGAAUUGAGGAUAGAUAUGAGGAUACAUCGUCGUCAGAUGAUGAAGAUGCAACCACACAAAUCACAAGGGCUCCACAGCAAAACACCGAACUGUGGGAUUCAUUUGAAGAUCCACCCGUUAAACAAACCACCGGAUCUGCCGUUGAUACGAAGAAAUUCCUCUUCUUCAUUAAGCUCAUCAAGGUGUUGGUGUACAUCUUUGUCUUCCUGAUUGUCCUUCUGGGUAGUACAGUAUCCAAAUUGGCUUUCCUCUUCAUGACAUCGCAUACACUACAGAGGAAUAUACCCUAUUGCAAUGCAGAGAACAAAGUUGGUUCAUACGUGGCUGUACUCAUAAAACCCGAAAGGAUAGCAUGGAUUUGGGCCAUUGUGUUUGCAUUUGCAUUCCCCGAGGCUGUGACAUUCAUCCGGGCAUGCAGGAUUUGUCUCUUCAAGAAUAUCUUCCGCCCACAUGUGAGACAGCACGUAAUUGUGUCCCUUAUGGAGAUCAUCCAUGUUAUUGGCCUUGCGAUUCUCGCCUUCAAAAUUCUCCCCAAUAUGGACGUCAUGAGUGGAGCAAUGCUGACCAAUUGCCUAUGCCUCAUCCCUGGCAUCCUGGGCUUCAUGUCGCGAUCGUCUGCAUCAAAAAAAUUCCUCCUUAAAAUGUUAUUUGAUAUCCUGGCAAUUGCAACACAAAUCACUGGAAUCUUCCUCUGGGCUGUUACUGCUUCCAAAACUGAUCAAACUGCAUGGAUUUUGGCAGCAAGUGUGUGCAUUUCAGUCGGUUGGUGGGAGAACUACGUCCACAUCCAAAGCUUUUUUCAACCAAUACGUUGGAUUGCUGAUAUGAAGAGCGAAAUUGGGCGAAGCAGGUACUUCAUUUAUCUCUACUUAGCACCUCUCAAGAUUCUCCUUUUCUUCUUCAUGGCGAUCGCAUUUAAUGAUCACACAACAAAGGAGUACUUUUCGGAAUUCAUGCUUGGAUGGUCAAAUCAUUCCGUUGUGAUUCACGAGCACAGCGACCACGUACCAGAAGUACUGCAGUUGGAGUCAACAGUUGGAAGUGUGUCCUUUACAAUUGAUGCCCAAUACAUGGCUAUAUGUUGGAUUCUUGUGGUACAAAUCCUCACAGGAUACUUUACGUACUUUUUCGGGAGAUUUGCGUGCAAAAUUCAAAUUCAGAGUGUUAGCUUUUCCUUCCCACUCUGCCUCACUGUACCCACAUGCCUCACGACCCUCUUUAUCCUCGCUGGUAUCCGGAUUGACAAUCCAUGUGCCUUCAGCGGCUUCUUUCCUGACUACCUCUUCUUCAACACGCGUAAUGCGGACAAUUUUGCUGACUACAUAAUGAAUCAUCAUGCCUGGAUGUGGGUGUUGUGGCUCUUUUCGCAAGUUUGGAUUACCCUACACAUCUGGUCAUCACGAUGCAACAAGAAUGCCCCAACAGACACACUCUUUGUCAUGCCAAUGUACAAUGGUUUAAUUGUGGAUCAAUCUCUAACGCUGAACAGAAGACAAUUUCCUGAAGAGAAAAUUGCAUCAGUAGAGGACAGUGCAGAGCAGGAAGAUAUGACUGAGGUGAAAUACGACGAGUAUUCUCACUUGCAGGAAGAUCCCACUGAUAAGAUUCCUCGGGUUUAUGUUUGCGCAACAAUGUGGCACGAAAAUAGAGAAGAAAUGAUGGAAUUCCUCAAAUCUAUCCUUCGUCUCGAUGAAGAUCAGAGUGCCCGCCGUUUAGCAUGGAAAUACAUCCAACAGACCAAGGAGCCAGACGAUGAAUACUACGAACUUGAGACACACAUUUUUUUCGAUGAUGCCUUCAUGGAUAAAGACAAGUGUGAUGAUCCUGAUGGUUCUCCCAUAAAUUCCUACGUGAAAAUCCUGAUAAAUAACAUCGAAGAAGCCGCCAAGGAGGUUUAUAAGCAAAAAAUGAAGGUUUAUGCUCCAACAAAGAUAGUAACACCCUAUGGGGGGCGCCUUGUCUGGGUACUACCCGGAAAGACACGCAUGAUAGCCCAUUUGAAGCACAAAGACAAGAUUAGGAAGAAGAAACGAUGGUCUCAAGUUAUGUACAUGUACUACCUCCUUGGCUUUAGGAUUAUGCAACUUGAAGUAUCCCCCGCGAGGAAGAAAGUAAUGGCUGAGAAUACCUACUUACUAGCACUCGAUGGGGAUAUUGAUUUUCAACCUAAUGCUGUACAACUCCUGCUGUCACGCAUGAAAAUCGAUCCAGAUCUCGGUGCUGCAUGCGGGAGAAUUCAUCCAGUUGGUAGUGGACCAAUGGUGUGGUAUCAGCGCUUUGAAUAUGCAAUUGGGCAUUGGCUGCAGAAAGCCACGGAGCACGUGAUUGGAUGUGUUUUGUGUAGCCCUGGGUGUUUCUCCCUCUUCCGCGGCAGUGCUCUCAUGGAGAAUAGUGUAAUGAAAAAGUACACAACAAAGUCCAAGGAAGCUCUCCACUAUGUACAGUAUGAUCAGGGUGAGGAUCGAUGGUUGUGUACACUUUUGCUGAAGCAGAAGUUUCGUGUUGAAUACUCAGCUGCUUCCGAUGCCUACACCCACAGUCCUGAGGGCUUCAAUGAGUUCUACAAUCAACGCAGAAGAUGGGUCCCAUCGACAAUCGCCAAUAUUCUCGAUUUAAUCUUCAGCUACAAGAUGAUUGUUAAGGCAAACAGUAGCAUCUCAAUGCCCUACAUCAUCUACCAGUUUGUCAUGAUGAUCGGUACAGUCCUUGGUCCUGGAACAAUCUUCCUCAUGAUGGUUGGAGCUAUUGUCGCUGUCUUCGGAACGAGCAUUUGGACAUCAUUCCUGUGGAAUUUUAUCCCAUUGCUCUUCUUCAUGCUCCUUUGUUACUUUGCCAAGCAAAAGUACCAACUAAUUGCUGCCUUCUUCAUAACAGCUGUCUAUGCAAUGGUCAUGAUUGCCGUGGUUAUUGGUAUUGUAAUGCAAACCCAGGAGGAUGGUAUCAGUUCCCCGUCAUCACUCUUCUUCCUCGCUGUUGCUGGACAAAUUAUCGUAACGGGCUUGAUGCAUCCCCAAGAAGCAUGGGCUCUCAUCUGUGGCAUUGUCUACUACAUAACAAUCCCAUCAAUGUACAUGCUCCUCAUCAUUUACUCCCUCUUCAACAUGAAUGACGUUUCCUGGGGAACACGAGAAAAUCCCCAGCCAGCUGCUGCAACAUCCACUAAUACACCACAAGCUGGUCAACAAAAACGCAUCCAGCGUCUCUUGGGCUUCUUGCAAUUCAACAAACAAGAAGAAGGCUCUCUGGAUUUUUCCUGUGGUGGCGUUUUUCGUUGCAUGUGCUGCACACAUCCCAAGAAUGAUUCCAGUGAUGCUCAUCUCAUGCACAUUUCAGCUCAGCUCACAGAGAUGACCAAUAAAAUGAGAGAUCUCGAAGCGAAGUUAUCUGGAGAAGUGACGGUGAUGACGGAACCACAGGAAGACAAUGGAACCUUGUCACCACCACCCAAUGAAGCAAUAAUGGAGGAAGUUCUCUGUGAACCUGAACGUCCGGUAAUCUCCCUCCCAGAUUGGCUGUACGAUGAUGAUCUAAGGAAUGGUGAUACCGAGACACUGCCGUCGACUGAGGAGAAAUUCUGGAAUGAUCUAAUCGAUCGGUACCUGAAGCCAUUGGAUUUGUCUGAGGAGGAGAAGAAUAGUGUAGCAACAGCAUUGAAGGAUUUACGCGAUAUGGCUGUCUUUGCUUUCGUCAUGAUCAAUGUAAUCUUCGUCCUGACCGUAUUGCUGUUGCAAAUGAACAAGGAACAAAUCCACAUUCAGUGGCCAUUUGAGGUGAAGAAUUUCCUCAGCUACGACAGUGAUAACAAUGAGAUCACCAUAAGGCAGGAACAUCUCGAAUUGGAUCCAAUUGGGUUGCUCUUUGUGGGAUUUUUUGGUGUCAUUCUGGCCAUUCAGUUUGUUGCCAUGCUAAUACAUCGCUUCGGUACACUGGCUGAGAUCCUUGCGGCAACCAGCCUCAAUUGGUACUGCGUGAAGAAGGCGGAUGAGUUGUCGCCACAGAUAGAUUUGAGUGGUCAGGCUGUGAAUAUUGCCAAGAAGGCUCAACGACCAGAGCCACAGUGGGAUGAAGAUGAUUUGAAGCAGGAACAACGCGCAAUUGGACGACGUCGUGAUACAGUCCAGAAGAUUCUCUAUCAGCACAACCAGAAGAAUGACUGGAGCAACUUGGAGAAAAACUUCAAGAGGCGCUACUUCAAGGAUGGUGAUCUCGAUCUUGGCCGUAUAACUAUACGCAGGGAGACAAUGAAUCUGCUCAAUAAGCGUCGAACAACCCUCAUUGAAAAGCGGAAGUCCAUGCGACAAUCAAUUUCACAGCAUCACGGACACAAUGGUAUCCAACCAAUGCAGUGGGAAAGGACAAUACCAACAGUUCCGCGAGAGAGUAUGGCGAUGACAAGACCAGCUGUACCGCGUGAGAGUAUUAUGAUUACCAGGCCACAAAUACGACCAGCUCAGCCUAGGGUUGACUUUAAUCUUAAACCUCAAUUCUCAGUGGAGGGAAUUGACAACAGCUCAUUCACGGACGAUCCCCUAGAUCCGCGUGAGUCAUAUGAGCUCAAGCAGCGCUUCUCGCAAAGGGAAACCUUUUCAUAGUGAUAAAAAUAAGCAUUAAUGCUGCUGCAUCCUUGGAAAAAAAUUGAUUGAUCCUGAUCCUAAAAACUUUUUUUAAUGAAUCUUAUUUAAGGAAUAAAAAAUAUUAUUUAAUGAUAAAUCUUGAGCCUUUUAUUUGUUUCCUGCGAUCUCGUGCAAUCUUCUGCAACCUGCAAUCCCUAACAUGACAAGGUAGCUGUAAAAAUACCCCAAGAAGUUGUUGAUUAUUCCAUAAGAUUGUUUACCUCUCUCAAUGCAAGAAGUCACACGAUUGCUUUCGAGAGAAACAAUUUCCUCCUCUAACUAUGGUCAAUGUCAUGCCCAAUGAUCGAUGGCAGGGACGGAAUUCUCAAGAGGAUGCAAAGAUAGCACUCAGUGGCAUUGUCAACCAUGUCGAGGAAGUAAUAUUUACAACCCAAUCUAAUCAUCCGCUGGAGUGGAUCACGAUUAGAUGAUAUACCGUUUGGUAUUUAUAGAGGUGUUGUGAGGAUCGCGCGUUUAGUUGAGGAAGUUUAGUGCGUAAAAUGAAGUGGAUUGUGGUGCUAUCUUGCCUUCUGGCCACUACACUGGCCAUCCCGGUGAAUGUGGAAGAUGAUGGCUUCAUUGGGCAGCCAAUUGAGGAGCUCGGUGAACACUUUGAGGGCGAUAUCCUUCUCACGGAUCGUCAGAAGCAGGAGAUCUUCGAUGUGAUGGUUGACAGUCGCACGGGACUUCUCAAUCCCCGCUACCGCUGGCCAGGAAAUGUCGUCGUAUACGAAUAUGCCGAUGAACUCGAUGCAGACCAGAGAGCAUGGGUAGAUCUGGCUCUGGCAAACAUGACCGGUCACACCUGCCUCACCUUUGUACCACGCACCACGGAAAAUGACUACGUCUACGUGACCAAGUCAAGCUCUGGGUGCUUCUCCUAUGUGGGUCGUGUUGGUGGUCGUCAACAGCUCAAUCUGCAGGACAACGUUCCUGGAAACGGAUGCUGGCGCUUCGGAACUGUUGUUCACGAAUUCAUCCACGCCCUGGGCUUCCAUCACACCCAAACUGCCUACACGAGGAAUGACUAUGUGAUCAUCAAGUGGGAGAACAUCCAAUCAGGAACAGAGGGUAAUUUUGUCCUCAGAGAUCGCACUACAACCACCAUGUACGGCUUGGAUUAUGACUACGACAGCGUCAUGCACUACGGACCAACGGCAUUCAGCAUCAAUGGUGAACCCACAAUUAUCCCAACGCAGGAGGGAGCGGUGUUUGGUCAGAGAAACUCAAUGAGCCCAAUGGAUAUUCAGCGUCUCAACCGAAUGUACGAUUGCCCUGAUGGACAGUAGAGCGUUCCUUACUGCGGCCAUGUUUUUUUGUACGUUGAUUGUUCAAUAAAAUUUUUCAUGUUAAUGAUUGUUAA